AUGAGUUUUACGGGAACAAUAGUGUUAUGCGGGCUGGGGGGCCUAGUCCUUAAAUAUGGCGGACAAGAGGCUAAGAAAGAUGAAAACACUCCAGCGGGUUUCAAGAAUUUGACGCUAGGUUUCAUUGGAUCAAAACAGGCCACAUUUAAGGAGAGAUUCAUGAUUGUGAAGACGAAUUUUUGGGAUCAGGUUGUCAAUGGCGGAGGAUAUAUGUUUCCGCUACAAGGAUUGCGCGCACUUUUCAGUACACGGGCGUAUUUGAGAGAUACGUUGAGCAACAUGGCUGCCUACCUAUCAAUUUGGUCUCUGGUUUCGUUUUUAUAUUUCGCCGGCAUUUUACCGAUAUAUAUAGCAAUCCUUGCGUUGCUCGGCUUCGGAGGACUGGCUGUUGCGUACGUGCACUUUUUGCUCCACGGGAAUAUGCUAGCUAUGAUGAUUUUGAGAAUGUCACAAAUGAACUAUGACCUUGAGGAUCUCGCCCUUCGGCGUCACGGUAGGGAAUUCUUCGUCCAGCAGGCCAUCCAAAAUACCCCUCCACCCACGAGACUCUACACACCCAAAAACACGGUUUAUUUUUGGCUAAAUUACUUGCCUUGGAGGCUCACCGUGUACACUUGCUGGGGGUUUGCCAUUAUCGCCCUGUUAUUGGUCUCGUUUGUGCCAAUUGUGGGUCCACUGAUCUUCAGCGCCAUGAUAUCGCCAGUCGUUUCGCGAAUCUACUUUUCACACUACUUGCGUCUGAAGAAGCUCAGCAACCGGGACCGCGAAGCAAGGUUUUAUUCGAAUUUUGGCAGUUACGUGAGUUUUGGUUUUGUUGCAGGCCAAUUAGAGGCUUUGCCACUUUUUGCAGGAAUAGCCUAUUGCUCUAACGCGAUUGGCGUAGCUCUAAUGGCAACUGAAGAGAUGAAAUCCGAAGAUUCAGCUCUACCAACGACCCCUCAAGUAGAAGAUAUCGUAGAACAUUCGGUGGUUACGACAUAA